CGCCGUCACGUGGCCGGAAGCGGGCGUGCGGGCGGCGCGAUGGCGGCCGAGGGGGACGUGGAGCUGGAGCUGGAGACCGAGCCCAACGGCUCCGGCGGCGGCGGCAGCGACGGGGCGGGCGGGAGGGCGGCCGAGAAGCCGCGGAAGCACGACAGCGGGGCGGCGGACCUGGAGAGGGUGACGGACUACGCGGAGGAGAAGGAGAUCCAGAGCUCCAACCUCGAGACGGCCAUGUCGGUGAUCGGAGACCGGCGGUCCCGGGAGCAGAAGGCGAAGCAGGAGAGGGAGAAGGAGCUGGCGAAAGUCACCAUCAAGAAGGAAGACCUGGAGCUGAUCAUGAACGAGAUGGAGAUUUCGCGGGCGGCUGCAGAGCGCAGCCUCCGGGAGCACAUGGGCAACGUGGUGGAGGCUCUGAUCACCCUCACCAACUAAGCGUGGGCCCCGCGGCUGCGCUGGCGCUGCCGUCCCCUGCUGCGGGAGCGGCCCCUCGCCCGACACAGCCCGGCUGGAGAGGAGGCGUAUUAACUUAUUGAAUAAAGGCACCAGCGGGA